CCAUGGCGACGAGGGAGAAGCCGGCAGCCGGCGAUGAAGGAGGAGGAAAGGAGACGCAUUUCCGGGGGGUGAGGAAGCGGCCGUGGGGAAGGUACGCGGCGGAGAUACGGGACCCGGGGAAGAAGAGCCGGGUCUGGCUUGGAACCUAUGACACGGCCGAGGAGGCAGCGCGGGCAUACGACGCCGCUGCUCGCCAGUUCCGCGGAUCCAAGGCCAGGACUAACUUCCCCCGCCCGGACGCCUGCCCGUGCCCCGGGCCCGCCAGCGUCAUCGUCGCCCCCUCCGCAGAAGCUGGCGGCGGCGGCGGCGGCAGCCCCAGUAGCCAGAGCAGCACGGUGGAGUCCUCCAGCCGCGAGGCAGCUGUACCGCCCCUCGCGAUCCCGCUCCCGCCCUCGCUCGACCUCGAUAUCCUCCGCCGCAGCGGCAUCAGCGGCUGCGCUCGGUUCCCCUUCCAGCCGUACCCGGCUGUCGCCACCCCCGCCAUGCAGCCGGGACACCGGUACUUUCUCUUCGACACGAUCGUCAGAUCGGAGAAAGCAGCGGCAGCUGCGGCGAUAAGCCGCCACCACCUCCUCACGCUGUACCCGCCCACGAUCGUCGCCGAUCUGAACUCUGCGAUAGCCAGCGGCGUCCAGAGCGACUCCGACUCCUCGAUGGUCAAUCUCCACCGCAACCACCGCUCUUCGCCGCCGCACAGGAUGCUACCCCUGGAUCUCGACCUCAACCUUCCCCCUCCGCCCGAGAUCACGUGAUCCGCCCACCACCGCUUCCCCCCCCCCGCCUCAAAC